UCAAAUCGCAAUCGCCAUCGCCAUCGCUUCGAGCGAGAGCCCAGAUAUAAAGGCAGGACAGACCGAUCGGCGUGCCAUUUGUUGUUGAGUCUGGUCGUCAGCAGGAAUCGAACGUGCGACUCUAUCCAAUUUACCUCCUUUCGUUGACCUAAAAGAUAAACAGCUGCCAAGAUGUGUGACGAUGAUGCGGGUGCAUUAGUUAUCGACAACGGAUCGGGCAUGUGCAAAGCCGGCUUCGCCGGUGAUGACGCCCCCCGCGCUGUCUUCCCCUCGAUUGUGGGUCGUCCCCGUCACCAGGGUGUGAUGGUGGGCAUGGGUCAGAAGGACUCCUAUGUGGGCGACGAGGCGCAGAGCAAGCGCGGUAUCCUCACGCUGAAGUACCCCAUCGAGCACGGCAUCAUCACGAACUGGGACGACAUGGAGAAGAUCUGGCAUCAUACCUUCUACAACGAGCUGCGCGUGGCCCCCGAGGAGCAUCCAGUAUUAUUGACCGAGGCCCCCCUGAACCCCAAGGCCAAUCGCGAGAAGAUGACCCAGAUCAUGUUCGAGACCUUCAACUCGCCGGCCAUGUACGUGGCCAUUCAGGCCGUGCUCUCCCUGUACGCCUCCGGCCGUACCACCGGUAUUGUGCUGGACUCCGGCGAUGGUGUCUCGCACACCGUGCCCAUCUAUGAGGGCUUCGCCCUGCCCCACGCCAUCCUGCGUCUGGAUCUGGCUGGUCGCGAUCUGACCGACUACCUGAUGAAGAUCCUGACGGAGCGCGGCUACAGCUUCACCACCACCGCCGAGCGUGAGAUCGUGCGCGACAUCAAGGAGAAGCUGUGCUACGUGGCCCUGGACUUCGAGCAGGAGAUGGCCACCGCCGCCGCCUCCACCUCGCUGGAGAAGUCGUACGAGUUGCCCGAUGGCCAGGUGAUCACCAUUGGCAACGAGCGCUUCCGCUGCCCCGAGGCCCUGUUCCAGCCCUCGUUCCUGGGCAUGGAGUCGUGCGGCAUCCACGAGACCGUCUACAACUCGAUCAUGAAGUGCGACGUGGACAUCCGCAAGGAUCUGUAUGCCAACUCCGUGCUGUCCGGCGGUACCACCAUGUACCCUGGUAUUGCUGAUCGCAUGCAGAAGGAGAUCACUGCCCUGGCCCCAUCGACCAUCAAGAUCAAGAUCAUCGCGCCACCCGAGAGGAAGUACUCCGUCUGGAUCGGUGGCUCCAUCCUGGCCUCGCUGUCCACCUUCCAGCAGAUGUGGAUCUCGAAGCAGGAGUACGACGAGUCCGGCCCCGGAAUCGUCCACCGCAAGUGCUUUUAAGUCUUUCGCCCGCCGCGAAAGCUCUUCAAAGGCAGCAACCAGCAGCGACCAAAAAGCAUCCAUCGAGCUUCCCAACAACCUCGGCUCGCACAGUGAUAGACAAAAGCAGCGAACCCAUCGCACCACAAUUAUCAUCCAACUCAGAUUCACAGCAGAUAAUCAGAUUGUCGGAGCUCAUCCUUCAUGUCCACGUCAUCGACAUCGACAUCGACAUCGGCAGUGGCAGUGGCAGUGGCAGUGGCAGUGGCACAGUGGAUUUUUACUUUGAAGAACUAAUCGUAAGAGUCGUGGCUGUGCUCCACCUCCACCUACACCUCCACCUCCAACAUGUCGAGUAGCAAUCAAAUGUAUAUGAGGAGCUUUUAACCCCAGUCAGUGAAUUGAAAGCCAAAUAUAUCUUCCAUUAAAACUAUUAAAUACUUUAAAUAAAUACAUUUUUCUAUUA